AUGGCGAACAGCCCCGUAAAUGACUCACCCAGAAGUCGCAAAGCGCAGGAUUAUAGAGCACUGCUAAAUAUAGAGAUUUUCAGAAAUUUACACCGAAAUGUACUCAAUGUAGCAUCAUCGCACUUGGUAUCCUCAAGUGAUACCGUAGAUGCCCUAAAACAGGUCGCCGAACUCCUAAUUUGGGGGGAUGUAAACAAUAGCGAAGGGAUAUUUGAAUACUUUUGUGAGGAAAACUUGAUGGAAUACAUGACUGGAGUACUGUCCAAAUCGACCUCUAGAGCAGUACGAAUACAAUUGGUCCAGACAAUUUCGAUGCUCAUUUACAACAUUCAAAACAAACGGACAUUGUACUAUCUGUUAUCCAAUAAUUACAUCAACGGACUAAUAUCAGUACCGGAAAUGUAUUCCGGAGGGGAUGUGAGCAGUUGGACGGUAUCCCUUUUGAAGACGCUUUCUGGUCUCUUGGACGCAACGACUAUCAAGUUCUUCUUUCUGGAAAAGAAAGAUGCAUUUCCCCUAUUAGAUCAGUCGGCAAAAUUCCUGUCUAGUAGUGAUGGCAUGAAAAGGGCCCAUGUCAUGACUAUUAUCUUGAAUAUAUUAAAAGUAAGGGAUGCCUCUGUUACGCGGUACAUUAUUAAAAGGUCAAAGAUUUUAACCCAAUUGCCCCUAUUUUUAAGGCAGUGUUGGUGCAGACUAAAUAGGUAUGUAAAGAGGGGAAGCUUGCACACAAUGGGUAAGGCGGAAGAAAGUAUUUUAGUUGAAUGUGAUGAUGCCCUUUGUUUCUUGCAAGAAAUUAUGGAUUUGGAAAUCAAAAAAAUCAAUAAGGUGCUCUUGGUUCGUCUGUUUAACAUCUGCUUUAUUCCCUUAAUGAAGAGAAUCUUGAAAACUUCGGAUAUUGAGAUAUCUUUGUUAAAAACUUUGAAGCCACCAACAAGAUUUGAUGCAAACUACUUUCGUGACAUAUACCAAGAUCUCUGCACAGAAAUGGGAUUGACGUCAAUUUAUGCACAUAAUAAAACAGAAAUAUUCUCGGGUGGUGUGGCGCUUGAUUCUCCAUCCAGAGACUCUGCAGCAAAGGAACCUGUAACCUCAAAAUCUAUUGAUGAUGGACAAUUUACACCACGUUCCGAAUCAUCUACCCCAAGAGAGACACCACAGCUUUCUCUUCAUUCCUCAUCUCUUUUACCAAAUGUAGCAUACUUUCUUCUUACAAUUUCACUUCGUUCUGCUAGAAGAAUUGAAUUGCAUAGACCACUUUUGUUACUAUUGUUAUGUCCAACAGCUCCAAAAGGACUGUUGAUGGAAAUACAUGAUAAUGAAUCCAUUUCAGUUCCAGGUACACCAAAGGAACGUUUAUUGACCGCUGACUCUCUACACCAGCUAGAUGAUCCAGGAUUUUACGAUCGUUUGGUCGAGUGGGAAAAAAAGGUUUUUGAGGGAGUUGAUGUUUCCUCACGCUCAGAAAAUGGAGCACAAUCCAUGGAGGAUAUUUCACCAGUUUGUUUUUAUGAUGAUAAAGAUCAUGUAUGUAAUAUAAUAAUGGGAGAAUUUAUUUAUGAAGCUCUAUCGGCACUUCCAAUAUCGGAUUCACGUUUAAUAAUGUUACUUACGCUAUUGGCGAAAUUACAAGAUGAUUAUAUUAAAAACACGCGUAAGCUACAAGACCUGUCAUCGCAUGUCACAUCAAUGUCUUGCACGUAUCCUGAAGAAGAAAUUCAAGGAGAUGAUAUUGCAGAUAUUGAUUAUAACAAUACAUUUAUGGAGGCUAAGGAUGAUAAACAUAAACAUUCUGCAACUACAGGCUUACAAGAUUUGGAGGUUUCUGGAAAUGACACAUCUGUCAUGGAGGAGGAUUUAGAUGAUGAAUCUCCUAGCAUGUACACUCCACUAGAUUCUAUGGAGCUUGAAGAAUCAAGAUAUGUGGAACAUGCAGAUUCCUUAGUUAUGCAUAAUUUGGAGUUAUCAGUGGAUGACAUGCAAGUAUCUUUUGAUGCACAGUUGUCUCUAGAGUCUCCAAAGGAUCCGCCUGAGGUGGAAACAGAUUACUCUGAUUUCUCAGAACCCUCCGACCCUUUGGCAGACCAUGAAUUAAAAUCUUUUGUUUUGCUUCCAAGCGAUGAUAACGGAUUGCAACUAUAUUUGCAGAUUUGGAACGCAAUAUCUAGACAUCUAACAUCGGUGACUUUGAGAGUCCCGGUUGUUCGAUUGGCAGUAACUGUUACCAUUGACUAUAUCAACUUUUUAAGCACCCUUGAACCACAGCACGUCUUUGGACUAAAAAUGUUUAUUGAUGAACUGAGGUUUCAUUUGGAUGCCUCUUUAGAUGUGUUACGCGUUCACGUGCUCAAUUCGCUCGAGUCAAACAAUAUGUCACAACUCUCUAUAUUUUUUGACGAAUGGGUACGCUUUUCUAAAACUAGUUACGUGACAAAUUUUUUGCAUUUUGUUCAAGCUAUUUAUGAAGCUACACUCUUUACGGAUACAGUAGUUACAACCUCUCAAGAAGAUGGUAAAAAGGAAUCUUUGGCAUCUUGGAUCUUUAGAGAAAGUAGGAUUUCCGCAAAACGUGCAGCUUCUCUUUUUAUUAGAAGCAAUGGUAUGCAACAAGUAGAAACACCAAGGAGUACAAGCAAUUCUUCGUGGAAAAUCACCGAUUCUCCUGAAAAUAUUUAUAGAAGGCAUGUUCAGGUUGCCCUUUUGAUACGUGAAUUAUAUCAACAUUUAAAUCGCAUAAACAGUCUACCAAUGUCGGAAUCUAGUCCUUCAUCAACACCAAAUGGUUCCACAAAGGAAAAUAGUGUAUAUUAUUCAUGUCCUCUUUUUCACAACAAUUGGGAUGUAUUACACACUGAAACAGGCAUACCCUUAGCUUUGGGAGUAGAAUUGCCCUUGGAAAAAUUCCAGGUUUUCCCAUGCACAAUGACUAAUAGCGGAGACAAGGUAAGACUUUUGUAUUCUCACAUGUGUUUUUUAGAAGGAACGUUUAUUUGUAAUUCAUGA